AUGAUGCGCCUGCGCACGUCUCACAGCGUCGGCGCGCUACACUUGCUGCUGGCAGCGCGCGGCGCCCCGAGCGCCGGGUCGCCGGCGAGCGGGACGCUGGCCCGCCCGAGGGUGGAGGGCUCGGCGAGCGGACGCCCUCGCGAGCCGCAGGCCGAGUUCGGGAGGCGCCUGUCUACCAGCGGCGCGCAGUUGCUCAAGCUCUUGGCGGGUGAUGGGGUCGACAGCCACUGGUUCGGAACGUCGGUGGCCGUGAGCUCCGACGGGGCCCGCGUGGUGGUGGGGGCCGUUUACUACUACUACUACGAUGACGUCCAGCGUGAGCCCAUUACGUUUGGCUCCGCGUACGUGCUCGACGGUACCACCGGCGAGAGUCUGCUCAAGCUUGUGGCGAGUGAUGGGCCUACAGGCGACAGAUUCGGAAUCUCGGUGGCCGUGAGCUCCGACGGGGCCCGCGUGGUGGUGGGAAACGACAAGGAUGACGUCUAUUCCGGCUCCGCGUACGUGCUCGACGGGGCCACCGGCGAGAGGCUGCUGAAGCUUGUGGCGAGUGAUGGGGCUGCACGCGACAAUUUCGGUGACUCGGUGGCCGUGAGCUCCGACGGGGCCCGCGUGGUGGUGGGGGCCACUGGUGACGACGACCAGGGCACCAAUUCCGGCUCCGCGUACGUGUUCGACGGUACCACCGGCGAGAGGCUGCUGAAGCUUGUGGCGAGUGAUGGGGUUGAAGGCGACCUGUUCGGUUACUCGGUGGCCGUGAGCUCCGACGGGGCCCGCGUGGUGGUGGGGGCCUUCCGUGACGACGACCAGGGCGCCGAUUCUGGCUCCGCGUACGUGCUCGACGGGGCCACCGGCGAAAGGCUGCUCAAGCUUGUGGCGAGUGAUGGGGCCGCAGGCGACAGUUUCGGUUAUUCGGUGGCCGUGAGCUCCGACGGGGCCCGCGUGGUGGUGGGGGCCUACCGUGACGACGACCAGGGCUACGAUUCUGGCUCCGUGUACGUGCUCGACGGGGCCACCGGCGAGAGGCUGCUGAAGCUUGUGGUGAGUGAUGGGGCUUAUGACGACUGGUUCGGUUACUCGGUGGCCGUGAGCUCCGACGGGGCCCGCGUGGUGGUGGGGAGCAAACGUGACGACGACCAGGGCUGGGGUUCCGGCUCCGCGUGCGUGUUCGACGGCACCACCGGCGAGAGGCUGCUGAAGCUUGUGGCGAGUGAUGGGGCUGCACUCGACUAUUUCGGUUACUCGGUGGCCGUGAGCUCCGACGGGGCCCGCGUGGUGGUGGGGGCCUACUAUGACGACGACCAGGGCUACAAUUCAGGCUCCGCGUACGUGUUCGACUUCACCGAGCGCGACAUUGACAACGCGGAAGUUGAGGACAACGAGUACAACGAGUCGGAGCAGCAGGAGUCGGAGGAGGACGCGGAGAUCGAUUAG